AGGUGAACUGUCAUGUCUGCCUGCAAAUUGGCUACGUGGAGUCGCUCGGAAUUAAGUGCUGUUUGUGAAACACACCGACGACUACGCUCUUUUUAGACGUGGUCUUUUGUUCGUUUUGGCCUGUCCUUGGUGUUACAUGAACGGUGAUUCGGCGUCUGUAAGAAACCGCCAGUUGGAUUGCUGCGGGGGGUUAAGUAACGUGGAUUACAGCAAGAUUGACGCCUCGGCGAUGGCGGACGUGCUGCGGUACGUGGACCCGUUGGACGCCCGGUUCUGCGUGGCCGUCGUCGCCAUCCUUUUCAACCCCUUUUUCUGGAACGUGGUGGCCAGGUGGGAGCACCGAACGCGGGGCCUGACCAGGCUGUUUGGGGGUCCCUACCUGGCGUGUUACUCCCUGGGGUUCCUCAUUAUCCUGCUCAAUGUGUACCGCAGCCACAGUAUCACGGUGGCUAUGCGUGCUCGGGGCAGGUGGGAGGUGUUGGACAGCGCGGGGGCGUUCUACGCGGGCGCGGGUCUGAUGGCCUCUGGCUCCGCCCUCGUGCUCAGCAGCUUCCUGGCACUGGGGUUCACCGGAACCUUCCUGGGUGACUACUUUGGCAUCCUGAUGGAUCAGAAGGUGACUGGCUUCCCCUUCAGCCUGAUGGACAACCCAAUGUACUGGGGCAGCACUGCAAACUACCUGGGACUUGCACUCAUGAAUGCCAGUCCAGUGGGGAUUGUUCUCAGUGCAGUUGUUGGUGUCUCAUACCAAGUCGCCAUCAAAUAUGAAGGGCCGUUCACCGAGCAGAUCUACCGACAGAGCAAGGGAUGCUCCAAACGGGAGUGAGGACAGGCCCAACUUUGGGAAGCCUUCCAGCCUCAGCCUCUUCCUGGACUUCUCUGGCCAAUCCCACGCACGAGCACAUGCAGUUUUUACAUCAAAUUCCUUUUAUUUUUUAUUUAUUUUUUUUAAUAAAUCGUCUUUACGUGAAAAUAAACGCAAAGUCCUGCUGCCAUGCGACGCGGUGGCCUCUGCCACCUCUCCUUCGCAGUUGACGUUCUGACUGACAGACCGUGUGGUAACAGCCGCUUGUCAUGCGGUAACAGUCGUGUGUGGCGCUGUGGCGCUGAGUCACAGCGAACGACACACAGAUGGCUGUCUGAGGGGCGUCUCCAGGAAACAUGUUUUCCCUCGUGAAUUUGAUUUGAUGGUUUUUUUUCCCACAAAAGGCGACUUGAAUUUUAAGAAUGGUUGACCCCAUUUUUCAGUCCUUUAUAAUAUAUACUUGCAUAUAUGUAUAUAUAUAUACGCGUACAUGCUGUACAUACAUACAUCAUGUGUAUUGAAGUAUGCGUUUGAAGGUUUUUUCCAGGUUAAGCUGAUUUAAUCCUCUGGGACCAGAGCAUAUUUUCCCUUCUCUUGCUUUUUAACUGAUCUCUUCUGGUCUACUUUUUAUCUUUGCCAUCAAGCCUCGGCUCAUUUUCUUUCCAGAACGAUCUCAGCCACACAAACAGACAUUGAAACAUUCCUUUCAUUGUGUGUGAACUACAAAGAAAGACCCAAAAAUAAAAGAAAAAAUAAAACGUAA